AUGGAUGGUCAUAAACACUCAUUACGAAGACGACUACCCUCUUCGCAGUCAAAUGAUGCAAAUUUUUUUUCAUCUCCAAGUCAAUCUUCACUUACUUCAUUUACUGUUAAAAGAAAUAGCUUUGAUCCAGAAAAGCCAGUUCAUGUAGCACAAGAUUCACUGUUCAGUGGGAGUUCCGGAUGGAAGGAUUACCGAGGAUUUUUUAAUCUAGCAGUUCUUCUGCUGUUCGUAUCAAAUGGUCGUGUUGCUCUUGAAAACUUCAUAAAGUAUGGAGUAUUAGUAUCACCAACUAGUUGGAUUUAUUUCAUUGCGAUGGAUCCUUGGUGGAAAUGGCCUAAUCUGGCAAUGGUACUCAUGUCGAACAUAACCAUUUUCAUUGUCUUUAUUAUGGAAAAAUUAAUGGCAUGGAAGUGGCUUAACAGUCAACUGGCUUUCGCCUUCUACUUGUGUCUAUUUUCAUUACAUAUAUUCAUACCUGCUGUAGUCACUUGGAUUUUGCAGAGUUAUCCAUUAUACUCUGUGCUUUCUCUGUCGACAUAUGUAAUACUUUUUCUGAAGUUAAUCUCAUAUGUUCAUACAAACUACUGGUAUAGAUGUAUGAAUACGACGAACAGAAAUCUUAAGAAAAUGCUACCGUCAUAUCCGCGGAAUUUAACACUGCAGAAUUUGUACUAUUUCAUAUUUGCUCCAACUUUAUGUUAUGAAUUGCAAUUUCCACGAACAAAUGGACGAAGGAAAUCAUUUAUCUUGAAGCGAACUGCUGAGUUUGGUUGUCUGACAUUGAUCAUAAUAGCUUUAUGUCAACAAUGGGUAGCGCCUCUUUUACGAAAUAGUGUGGAACCAUUUACAACGAUGAAUUUUGGCUUGUGCAUUGAAAGGGUUCUCAAAUUAGCUGUGCCAAAUCAUGUAAUUUGGCUAAUUUCUUUCUAUACCACUUUCCAUUCUCUUCUUAAUCUUAUCGCUGAGCUAAUGGAAUUUGCCGAUAGACAAUUCUACUUAGAUUUUUGGAAUGCAGAAACUUUGGCAGUGUUUUGGAAGACAUGGAAUAUACCUGUACAUCGUUGGGCUCUUCGGCAUAUUUAUCGACCAAUGAUAUGUAAUGGUUUUAGUAAAAUGAGUGCUGCAUGCGCCGUUUUCUUCGUGUCUGCAUUUUUUCAUGAAUAUCUUGUAUCAGUUCCACUCCAUAUGUUUCGUUUUUGGGCAUAUCUUUGCAUGAUGGCUCAAAUACCUCUCAGCUUUGUUACUGAAAAAGUGCUAAAAGGUGGUCUUCCUGGAAACAUUGUUAUGUGGUUAUCAUUGAUUCUUGGUCAACCCUUGGCUAUUCUGAUGUACGUACAUGACUGGUAUGUUUUACAAUAUCCCCCUUCAUCAGAAUAUGUCGAUGUAUAUCACAAUGCAACCGCGCAAAUUUAUGAUUACCGGUAG